CCCUCUUCCUUCGAAUUCUUUAAACAUUCUCACCGCCUUCUACUCUCUUUUCGCCUUGUUAAACCUUGUAAUUUCAGAAGCGGAAAAGUCGGUGGGUAAAAGCACAGUGUGAAAUCGCACAUUCCAGAAAAUUAAACCAAAUUAACAGCCGAAAAAUCAAGAAAUAAAUCUCUGGGAAUUCUUUUUUCUUUUGCCGUGAUUUUGAACCCUGAUCGACAUGGAUUCGGAAUCGAAGCGCAGCACUUUAUUGGUUGUUACGGAUGAUGAAGAGUACUCCUAUCGUGCGCUAGAUGUAAUUUGGGAUUUUGAGAACGAAGAUCCCAGACGCUUCGAGUCACUAAUUACAAUCCAAGCUUCUUCUUUAGCUCGGCUGCCGCUAGAAUCAUCCUACACAGACCAGGUCCUUUACAUCACGAGAGGUGAAUUUCAUGUUGAUGAGUUGUAUCCCGAAUUCUUUAGAGUUUUGAUGCCUGGUGGGAUACUGGUGGUUUACCGGAGUUAUCUGUCUGAUUUAAAUGAAGCAGAGAAGGUUAUGUCUGGUAUUGAGCACAAGUUAUUAUUGGCAGGAUUUUUAGAAGGAGAACGUUUUGAAGUAAAACCAAUUGCUGGCACUUUUGGGAUUAAGGUUAAGAAACCAUCUUGGAAGAUUGGGUCUUCUUUUGCUAUUAAAAAGUCCAUGAAAAGUCCAUUGAAAAUUCAGAUGAAUGACGAUUCAGAUCUCAUUGAUGAAGAUUCCCUCUUAACUGAAGAGGACUUGAAGAAACCCCAAUUGCCACCUGUUGGUGACUGUGAAGUAGGAAGCACAAGGAAAGCUUGCAAGAACUGCACCUGUGGAAGGGCCGAACAAGAGGAGAAAGUGCAGAAGCUAGAACUGACUAUGGAUCAGUUGAACAAUCCUCAAUCAGCUUGUGGCAAUUGUGGACUGGGUGAUGCAUUUCGCUGCAGUACAUGCCCAUACAACGGUCUUCCACCAUUCAAGCUGGGUGAGAAGGUAUCUCUAUCAGGGAACUUUCUUACAGCGGACAUUUGAACUUGAAGGGAUGGGUUUUGGCCCAAAUUUUAGUUUUUUGAUACUUCUGAACAGUCUGCUGUAAAAGGUGGAAGACUUUAUUUUCUGUGAAGAGAACAUAAAUCAGGAGUACAUUUGACAAAAAUACAUGCAAAUCUUUUUUAAGUGUGGAAAUGGAUAUUGGAUGGAAACAUCCUUAUAUGCUAAUAAAAUUCAAUUUGACGGAGCGAUUUGCUCUUUUCUAUAAAUCGAAA